CUCCCUUCUUUCUGAUAGUGACAAAUCCAUGAUUCCAGCACCUUCUAGAACCCCCCCUUUUUUCUGACAGUCUGACAAGCUUCUUGAAUAAGUCAUCUUUACACGAACAUCCUAGACCCUUCGUUUCCAACACACAACCUCGGCAUAUGUUCUAGCACUGCGUAGUCAGAAUCCCUUUCUUCUGAAAUCUUCUAACUUAUAGUGAAGGGGACACUGAUUGGUUGGCCUUCAAUGGCGCCUUGAUGCGGGAAGGCCUACAGCCAGUCGACAGACCCAAACAAACGGUAGCAUGCACAACAGGUGACCGUCUCACGUGAAGGACGCAGCCAGCCGUUGCUGCCCGAGGUUGCUCUUGGGCACAACCCCGCUUGCUGUGCACCUCGUCCCGUCAACCGCCUCACAGCGGAGCUUCUAUCCCCAUCUCCCGGCCACCCCGCUCGAGAUGGCAUCGUCGACUAUCGCAGCUCCAGGGCCGGUCACGGGCAUCAUUGUGCCAAGCCCGACGUAUCUUGAUCAUUUGGAGUCGCUACUGCCCUCGGCCGAGGCACUGAGACAGGCUAGCUACGUUACCAAAAAGCUCACUGAUCAGCAACUGGAGGAGAAGAAACGAUGUCUCCGAUGCAGAAUUCGACCCGCUCAGAAAGCCCGCCAGCGCCGCGAUCGGAAAAACUCCCAAGACUCGAAACGUCUUCCUAUUGCGAACCCUCGGCGGGAAUCGACGACCCAUACGAUAACGAGUGAUGCCCAGGCGUCCAGCAAAGGCGCGAAGCCGGAGCAUCUGCGCUGCAAGUUCCAUCUCGGUAGAGUAACCUUCAAGCACGUCUCCGCUCCGCCUUGUGGGGGCAGCAUGAACCACCAAAUGCCAAACGAUCCUGGAGGCGGAUUGCUCAAAGAGCGCUGGCAGUUCCACGAGACUCCCACGCAACGUCAGUCUGGUCAUCGACGGGCCGUCACCAUCGACUGCGAGAUGGGCACAGCCUUUAACGGCGACGGCGAGCUUAUCCGCCUAACGGCCUACGACUACUUCACGGGCGAAAUACUUAUCGACAGUUUGGCAUAUCCUGAUGUCGCCAUGCAGCACUUCAACACAAGGUGGUCGGGCGUCAAAAGAGGGGACAUGGAGAGAGCGUGCGAGAGGGACCAGUGCCUCCGGGGCAAGGUUGCAACCAGGGCUGCUCUCUUUCAGUACGUACAGGGGAAACCCGGCAAAGGCGGCGGCAAGAGGCAUCCUGAUGGACUUUCGCUAAAGGCGCUUGCGCUGAGUAGGCUUGGGCUGGUCAUCUAG